GAGGUCCGUGUCCUGCAGCUCCCUUGCAGAAUAAUUUGGGAAUUCCCCAAUACUGUACAAUGUGCCCCAUGGCCAGUCUCGGCCCACUCCUAGUCUCUAGUUUCUCUGGUCCCUAAGACCCGCCCCCUAGGCCUGCCCUCAACUCUUUUCUGGUGCUUUAAAGGCUUUGGCACCUAGAAGGGAGGGGGAAUUUCCCACCGCUGGGACGUAGGCUUCCCCCGCCACUAGGGCCACCUCUUUCUGAUUACACAGAGAAAGGGGAAAUGGAAAACACCAAGGAGGGGGUGGCGUCGCCUGGUCUUCUCCGCAGCGCCACCCGUCUCCGAGCUCAGACGCAGUGAGUCAAGGAGCUGGCCGCUUCUCUGCGCGUAGCAUCCGCCAGUUCCCUUUUGCUGAGGUGGAGACCGAGAGCCCGCACCCUGGCGUUCUUCGCGACUCCGGCCUCUUGCUCCUCCCCCUCCUCGCUCACGUCGAACCUUUCCGGCAAGACAGCCGCUCAGAGUGCACUCAGCCCUGGCGGGGGCCUCAUUCUGGCUGCGCGCGAGCGGAGGAGCGCGAUAGCCGGAGAAAUCCAGCCAGCCGCUCCCCGUGCUGCACUGGAACGCCAGGUAGGAAAGAAACGGGAAGCUGGAGCUUCACGGGGGCACUGAGGGAGGGACUCGGGUGAAGUGAGGAGAGCGCUGGUUUUUGGCAGAGCUCUUCUACUCUGCUUCUACCCUGCGUUUCGCCGCCUGGUUGCCGGGAAGAGAAGAGGAACUCCCCGGGAGUUAGUUGGAUUUGCGAACCGGCCGCUGUUGCUGAGUUUCCUUCCUCUUGGAUCGGGUCGGGAUGCUUCGAGAGCCCGCUGGAAAGCACCUUGCGAAACACUAGCCAGCGGCCGGCAGUCUUUCGACCCCGCCCCCUUCCUUCUCCCUCCCGGAUCCCAGCUGUCCGCAAAUUUUGCUCGCGUUUGGUCGUGCAGGUCUGGGCUGUGCUGGGGAAAGGUGGGAUUGACUUGUAAUCUCCCUCCUACGACCGCUGGGGAGGGCAUACCGUGCAGCUCUGUCCCAGGUAAAUGCGAUUCGCGCAGCGGUGACCGUGUACUGCCCCGACUGCUCAAGAUACUCGUAGGCGUGAUGAUCUACUAACAGAGCUCCCCUCUAUGCCACUUGUUGAACUGAUCAAAACACAACAGUAAUGGAGUAUAUGAGCACGGGGAGUGACGACAAAGAAGAAAUUGACUUGUUAAUUGAAAACUUGAACAUGUCUGAUGUGAUAGACAUGAUGGAAAAUCUUUACCCACGUGGAGAACCUGAAGUUUAUGAACACAGUCUUGUCAAGAUGUGCCAGGACACUAAUCAAAAUGAAGAGCGGGCAGAAUCCCUUUUACUUAGUGGCCAGGAGGUUUCUCUGCCUUCAUCUGUCAGAUACGGAACAGUGGAGGACUUGCUUAUUUUUGCAAAUCAAGUUUCCAAUGCCACAAAACAUUAUUGUGGACGACAGCCACAGGAAUCUGGAAUCCUCUUAAAUACAGUCAUUGCCCCCCAGAAUGGAAGAUACCAGAUCGAUGCUGAUGUUGUUCUUUUUCCAUGGAAGCUAACUUAUAGAAAUAUUGGCUCCGAUUUCAUUCCCCGAGGCGCUUUUGGAAAAGUAUACUUAGCACAAGAUAGGAGGACAAAAAAAAGAAUGGCAUGUAAACUGAUCCCAGUAGAUCAAUUCAAGCCAUCAGAUGUUGAAAUUCAGGCAUGCUUCCAUCAUGAAAACAUUGCAGAAUUAUAUGGUGCUGUCUUGUGGGGCGAAACCAUCCAUCUCUUCAUGGAAGCAGGCGAGGGAGGAUCUGUAAUGGAGAAGUUGGAGAGUUGUGGACCUAUGAGAGAAUUCGAAAUUAUUUGGGUCACGAAACAUGUUCUGAAAGGACUUGAUUUUCUUCACUCAAAGAAAGUAAUACACCAUGACAUUAAACCCAGCAACAUUGUUUUCAUGUCAACAAAGGCUGUGUUGGUAGAUUUUGGCCUGAGUGUUAAAAUGACAGAAGAAAUCUAUUUUCCUAAGGAUCUUCGGGGAACAGAGAUUUACAUGAGCCCAGAGGUGAUUCUCUGCAGAGGCCAUUCAACCAAAGCUGAUAUCUACAGCUUGGGGUCCACCCUCAUCCACAUGCAGACGGGUACCCCUCCCUGGGUGAAACGCUACCCUCGCUCUGCAUACCCCUCCUACCUUUACAUAAUUCACAAGCAGGCACCCCCUUUAGCAGACAUUGCUCAAGACUGCAGCCCCAGUAUGAGAGACCUGAUAGAGACCUCCUUGGAGAGGAACCCCAACCUUCGCCCAAGCGCAACUGAUUUACUAAAGCAUGACGCCCUAAACCCUCCAAGAGAGGAGCAGCCACGUUGUCAGAGUUUGGACUCUGCCCUUUUUGAGAGGAAAAAAUUAACGAGGAAGGAUUUGGAGCUGCCCGAGAACAUUACAGAUUCCUCUUCUUGCACUGGGAGCACAGAAGAAUCAGAAGCAAUGAAGAGGCAGCGGUCUCUCUAUAUUGACCUCGGCGCCCUGGCUGGCUAUUUCAACAUUGUCCGGGGGCCUCCAACAUUGGAGUAUGGCUGAUGGACAGCAUCAUCUACUCUAAGUUAGGGCUGUCUCUAUCUCCCCUAUAGGAGAUUUAAUGACUACAAAAUGACUGCUGAGUUGGUAGUACCAUAGAUUUUUAGCUGGAUAGUAUGGGCUCUGGUAGCCCAUGUGUAGUUAAUCUUUAAAACUACACUGGUACAAGUUAAGAAUACAUGUUCUCAUACCCCCAAUGAUGAAUCCUCAAUAAGAAAGUGGAGAAGAUUAGAAGAAUGGCGUUCUAGCGACUGGUUCCAUCUACUGUGCACUUUGAUAUUUUCAGUUUUGAACAAUUAUAAGAAUAUAUUAAUGUAGAAAUUACUACUUUUGUUUCUAAGUUGUAUAAGAAGUCUUCAUUUACUGGAGAAUGUUUAUUGUUUUUAAGCAGUGUUUCUUUGAGCCAUUGAUGUUAGAUUUUGGUAAAAACUGAAUUGACUAUUUUGAGGGGUGAUAGAAGCCCAGAGUACUGUUUUAACAACCAAUAAGCUCAACCAGUGUAUUGGAAUGGCUAAUUGAAUGUAUCCCUAGCCACCCAUCACUGAUGAUAAGUUCUGUUAUGUUCCUAUGGAAAUAAUUCUCACUGUACAUGCUAUGCUUAAUACAUUUAAAGCACAAUGUUUUGGAUGUUGGCAAAACUGUGUAAACCACAUAAUUCUGUACAUCCAAUGGGAUGAAUGAGUGAACUUCUAGGAAAAAAAACCAAUGGAAACUUUUGUAAUGCUCAAAUACUUUAAGCAUUUGAGUGUCAAGACAGCAUACUGUGUAUGUUGUAUAUCAAAUGCUUUAAGGAUCAAUCCUGUACUUUUGACACGAAAUAUUUAUGAAUAGUUUUAAAAUGUGUUUUCAGGUAAUGCAAAUGAAACAACAUUUUGUGUAAUGUGGACUGGUCAAAUCAGCUGAAUAAAUUCUGUAUUUUGUCUUU